GGUGUCCGGCCCCGGCAGCCACUACGACCGGAGGCGGGAUUCGCCUUAGUUCCACACUCCGAGCGAAACUCGGCAAAAGACGUCGCUCGGUCGGGCCCCGCAAACGCAAACGCCGAGGCGGCUCCGGUUCUCCACUUCGGCCGGCCGAGGGCGGUGGAGCGCCGCGGCAAUGCUGCGACGACGACGACGACGGACGAAGGCGACGAGGAGGAACGCGCACUGACCGGAUUUGGAAGUUGAUUCCAGCCCGGAGCGACGACGCCUCGCCUCGCCUCGCCUCGGCUUUCUUGGACGCCCUCCGGCCCCAAGAGAGAGAGAAAAAAAAUGCCUGCGAAAAGCAAAUACAACCUGGUCGACGAUGGGCACGAUUUGAGGAUCCCGCUCCACAACGAGGAAGCCUUCCAACAUGGAAUCAACUUCGAGGCAAAGUACAUCGGCAGCCUCGACGUGACGCGACCCAGCAGUCGGGUGGAGAUCGUGGCCGCCAUGAGAAGAAUCAGGUAUGAGUUCAAGGUGAAAAACAUCAGAAAGAAAAAGGUCAGCAUCAUGGUGUCGGUGGAGGGCGUCAAGGUGGCCUUGCGAAAAAAGAAGAAAAAGAAAGAAUGGAUGUGGGACGAGAAUAAGAUGUUGGUGAUGCAGGACCCCAUUUACAGAAUAUUCUACGUGUCUCAUGACUCGCAGGAUUUGAAGAUCUUCAGUUACAUCGCGCGAGACGGCCACAGCAAUGUCUUCCGCUGUAAUGUUUUCAAGUCCAAGAAGAAGAGUCAGGCCAUGCGCAUUGUCCGGACUGUUGGUCAGGCGUUUGAGGUCUGUCACAAACUGAAUCUGAAGAACGCACAGCACAACAAGGAUGGACAGGUGGACUGCCACGGUGAAAAGAAUGGAAACGGCUCCUCCGUUUCAGGGGUGCGUGCUCAUCCGCGGGUGUGCGCGUGCCUUUUAGUGGGCUCCGGGGAAGCGGACAAGACGGCGACCGUUCUCGAGGAGACCGACAUCGAUGCCGAUGAGACCAACCAGCUCCCAGCGGCCGAGGAGCUCAACGUGAACCGGGGGGUGACCGACCUGGACGCCACGGCCAAGACCUCGGACCUCGGCCUCUCGCGCAAUACGAUUUCCGAAGAAGCCUCCUUGCUGACGUCCAGCCCCAGGCUGCUGCUGCUCCCCCCCGCAUCCGGCGCGCUCUCACCCGGAGCUCCCUUGUCCGUUCACCAUCAGAUCCAACUCCUCCAACAGCAACUUCAGCAGCAACAGCAGCAAACGCAAGUGGCCGUGGCGCAGGCGCACCUCUUGAAAGACCAGCUGAGCGCCGAGGUCACGGCCCGACUGGAGGCGCAGGCUCGAGUUCACCAGCUGCUGCUGCAAAACAAAGACCUGCUGCAGCACAUUUCGCUGCUGGUCAAGCAGAUCCAGGAACUGGAGACCAAAAUCGCCGCACCCGACUCCGCGGGAUCCCAGGACAGUUUGUUGGAGAUCACCUUUCGCUCCUCGGUGCCCCCGGUAAUCUGCGACCCGACGACGCCCAAACCGGAGAUGUCUGCCUUGAACCUCCCCCUGCUUUGCACCACCGACGUGGCCGUAAACCCAUUCGCAUCUUCCAACGGGAACGUGGGAAGCCUGCUAGGUAGGGACCGACGGGUUCUCAAAUUAGAAUGUUUUCGUUUUCUCCCGGGGCCCGCGCCGCCUCCCCUCUCCUUGGCCCCCCCUCCUUUGGAAACCAAAGAGCCCGAGGCGACGGAGAUGCCCGAAGACACGGCAAAGUUAUCGGCUCGCGAUGCCGGUUCGCCGAGCCGCCGCCACUUUGCUGCUUUUCGAGAGUCGGGCAUCGUCUCCGAGUGCGAGUCCAACACGGAUGACAGUGACGAGAGGGGGGAGGAAGAGGAGGAGGAGGGGGGAGACGCGGUGAUGGAAUUCUUUGGUUGGGGAACGGAGGCAGAGACCCUCAGGCUGCUCAAUGUUCUGAACAAACGGGUGACUCCCGACUGCCUGGGAGAUGAAAUUGCCGUGUAACUCCCACAGGAGCAAACUUCAGAGGACUGCUCACCCCCCCAGCCCCCUCCCCACUGUCAUUCCAGCCCCAAAAUAGAUGACACGCGCGUCAUGGAUUCAUCUCUGCUCCACAAACUUUGUACAUUUACACACCAACAAACAUGUAUUUGUACACAAAUUGUUAUCAAUGCACGUGAAUAAGGUUGAUGGAUGAUCAUAUUAAGACAAACGUUGGGCAAACUGUCCGUUUGUUUGGGAACUUGAACGAGCUUCAACCCUGUAACUGGGCAACCUAUCGGCAUGAAGUCGGAAUUUUUAAACUCAUAUCUUCUGAGUGAUGAAAUGACCCGUAGAACAAGCGCUGGUAUCCGCAAUCUUGUGAUUUGGGUUCCGUCCCGCAGCUCGUGAGGACCUUCGAAAUCUUGGCACUGUUCUUUCCUCACUGGUGAACGAGACCCAAGAUACUCAGGGCGGGGGGGUCUCGUUCCCGACCUGGACCAUGGCAUUCCGACCUUUUGCCGACUGAGUACGAUGGUCUCAGGUUUGGAGGUGCCGAUUCUCAGCCAAAGCGUUUCGCACUGUGCUGCAAAUCGCUCCGGUGAGAGUUGAAGAUCGCAGACGAUGCGACUCUGCGGGUUAGCAAACCGGACCUCCUCAAUGCUUCGGCUGUGCCAAGAAAUUCUGUCCAUCAAGGUCACCGACAGAAUCUAUGACAAAUUGCAACUCCGACUGGAAACAAAGUCGCCGUAUUGCUAGCGAUGCCGGCCAAACUCUGACACGGAGUAACCGAGCCGCCCGUAUCAAUGUUGCCGCUCCUGUAGUCGGAACGAGGCUUCCGGUCUUCCAAAAAAAGUGGCAUUGCCAAUCCGGAGGCCUGGACUGUUCUCUAUUCACACGCUGAAAUGAUUCUUUUGUCCGUUGAGUGUUUAUCGCUCGUCGUCUCGCCGUUCGGGGCAAAUGGACCGACGUACGCCGGAGCCAAUUGCCCGGUCGCUGCAGUAAAUCUUCCCGGUGAAAUGGGACAUUACCGGCGCUUUUUGUACCCCUCGUUUAAUCGUCCGCGGCAUUUCCGCUGGCUCAUAAAACCCUCGUUAAAUUCUGCACUUAUUACCGA